AUGGAGUACACCAAGGUGAAGCUCGCGCUGCUGCAGAGGUUCCGAUAUACCAAAGAAGGUUAUCGUGAGAAAUUUCGUGAUGCGAAACCGGGAGACGGAGAAACUAGACGACAGUUUGCGGCGAGGUUGGCCGGAUAUUUUGAUAGAUGGUUGGUAGUUGCUGAGGUGGAGAAGAGCUUCGUGGCGCUACGAGAGACGAUGCUCAUCGAACAGUUUAUUAAAACAUGUUCCAGCAAGCUAACCGUUUUCUUGAAAGAAAGGGACUGCACGACGCUAGACGAUCUGGCAGGAAAGGCUGACGUAUUUGUAGAAGCGCAAGUUCAACCGAGCAACGAAAAAGCGAAAGGAGACGAACGUGAGUUUAAUGCCAGCAUGAGGACAUCCGGUAACGCGCUCAAGGAGGAUGUAAAGAGAACUCUCCGAUGUUUCUUGUGUAACAAGAUAGGGCACAAGGCAGAGAACUGCCAGAGUCGAAGCAAAUACUCUAGACCACCUACGUGUUGGCACUGUGGGAAGCCGGGGCAUAAAGCUGAAAGAUGCAACCUGAGGUCUGGGGAUAAGACACAAGUUUCUUGCCUAUGGACAGCAUCGGAUGAAAGGCAAGGGGAACCGGACGAUUCCUACAUUACCCUCAAGAAUGGAGGCAGGAUCCUAGUUGUAAAUGCGGCUGUUGGACGAGCACCCAAGUUCUUGGUGGAUAACAUGCCUGUAGUUCAAGGUCGUGUUGGGGAACCGAAGGUAACAGUGCUGCGGGACACUGGCUGUAAUACCGUAGUUGUGAAAAAGAGCCUAGUCCCGGUCGAGUGCUACACUGGCAAAUCGAGCACUGUAUUUUUGCUUGACCGAACCGUAAAAUACCUACCAGAGGCUGAGAUCUUUGUUUAUACACCUUUCUUCGUUGGAAAAAUUAUCGCAAAAUGUAUUGACAACCCACUGCACGAUUUAGUUCUCGGCAACAUCCCCCAGGCAAGAGAGGCACACGAGCCGGACCCGGCCUGGAAUUGCGACCAACAGAGCAGCAACGAAAUUCCACCGCGGACCGAGCAUCUGGGUUGCGAGGACAUGGAAGAACAGAGAAUCGAGAAGAACAGAGCUGAUUCAUCACGACACGUCCCAAGUAGCCACUCUACAAUGCUACAUGUCAACGUCGCCGGACUUGGACAGGCGAAGAACGGUAGCAAUAGAGGACAGGCACCCUUGAACGUACCACAGGUUCCAAUCCUUAAAACGACAGCAGAGGAGCUCUCGAAGGAGCAGAGGAAUGACCCAUCCCUGAAGAAGUGCUUCGACAACGUAGGAAAAGUGAUAAGGAAACAAAAAUGCCGGACAAGAUAUGACAUGGUGAUUCGAAACAACUUGCUUUUCCGAAGCUGCGUGUUCCCCACUGGGAGAAGCAUUGAGCAAUUAGUGCUCCCAACGAGAUACAGGCCAACUGUGUUGUCAAUGGCCCACGAUGGCAUCAUGUCUGGACAUCAAGGUGUGAAGAAUACGCUUGCAUUGGCGACAGAAGAGUUCUUCUGGCCUGGAAUUCAGAGCGACAUCAAGCGGUAUGUUCGCUCAUGCGACGUCUGCCAACGAACAGUGCCAAAAGGAAGAGUGGGCAAAGCACCUCUGGGGACCAUGCCUACAAUCGACACACCAUUCAAGCGAGUGGCAGUGGACAUCAUCGGGCCAAUUAGACCAACAGCAAGUUCGGGCAACCGAUAUAUUUUGACGAUGGUGGACAUGGCCACAAGGUACCCGGACGCUGUCCCCUUGAGGAACAUUGGGACAGAGCAAGUGGCAAAAGCGCUCUUAGAGAUGUUUGCCAGGUACGGCAUUCCAUCAGAGGUCCUUAGAGAUCGAGGCUCCUGCUUCACCUCAGACCUCAUGAAGGAGGUGAGCAAACUUCUUUCGGUGAAGCGUCUACUGACCACCCCGUACCACCCGAUGGCGAAUGGACUGGUUGAGAGAUUUAACGGAACCAUCAAACAGAUGAUGAAACGAAUGAGUCAGGAAAGGCCCAAAGACUGGGAUAGGAACGUGCGCGGACCUUUGGCCAUCCUCAAGGAGAUAUGGUUUAACGAGUCUCUCAAAGCUGACCUCAAGACGACCUACACCCAUGUCCUAGAAUUGAGAAAUAAACUGGAAGGGACAUGCGAGUUUGCUCACCAUUGUUUGGAAGAAGCCAAGGGCAAGUACAAAAAAUACUACGACAAGAAGACCGUCACCCGCCAACUGAGACCAGGGGACUUGGUUCUCAUCCUGCUUCCAAGCGAUCACAAUAAACUGAUCAUGCAAUGGAAGGGACCCUUUGAAGUCUCAAAUCGACCCGGCCAGACCAACUUGGUAACGUGUGACCUGAAACUGACCACUGAGGAACCAGUCCGGACCGAUCACCGACCAUUGGAAUUUCUGAACAGGGCGAAGCAUGCUAACAGUCGCGUGAUGCAAUGGAGUCUGGGGAUGCAAGACCAGAACUUCCACGUAGAAUAUAUCAAGGGAUCUGAUAAUGUUGGAGCGGACUUCAUGAGUCGCGUUGAGGUCUAA